AUGGGUAGCAAUCCCAACACCAUCACACUAUGCGAGGUCAAUGUGAACGGCCUCGGAAGUAAUGGGAAGAGAAACAAGAACAUGAAGUGGAUGAAGAGAACAACGGACAUCAUGGUGCUCACGGACACACGUGUUGGGGAGGACCAUAAUUUCUGGACCCAGCUAAGUCCAAAGGCUGUAGCGGUGGUGGCCCCGAGCCAGAAGGCAAGAGGGGUGGCUAUCCUGUCUUUUGCGGAGGGAAUACGUUUCAAGGAAGUUAUAAAACACGGCUCAGGCAGACUGGUGGGGGUCACGGUCUGCAGUGCACAUUUGGAGUUUAGGCUGAUCACGGCAUACCUACCAGCACAAGCAUGUGUAAGAGCAACUUUCCUCACCGACUGCCUUACCCCGUUCGUACAGGGGCAGCCGGUGUCGCUGCAUCUGGUGUUGAUGGGAGACCUUAAUUUGGUGGAGGACCCGGAGAGGGACAGGUCGUCGCGUGCGCGGUCAGCGUCGGAAGAUGUCAGGCUGCGGAAGUUCUGGCCGGCGCAUGACCUCCGCGAUGCUUUUCGCGCGCUGCAUCCGUCGAGGUGGGAAUUCACGUUUUACUCAAGGUUGUCGCAGACCAGCUCGAGGAUAGGCCGUGCUCUAGUCUCGCUGUCGGCGUUGGGGCUACUGUCGAAAGAGAAGCACGUCUGCGUCCGGAAGUCGCUCUCGGACCACUGGUUCGCAAUCCGCGUGGGGUUCUCCCUGGCGGCGUCGCUGGAGAAGGGAGUGAAGUCAGUGACGAAAAAGGUCCUGCGCAAGCUGGAAGGCAAAUUGGAUUGUGGACAGGAUAAGACUCUGAGGCUGGUCACGGCGGGCUUGCGCGCGCAUACACGGGAAGAGAAGAAGAGGGUUAAGGCGACUAGUGAGCAUCUAGAAAAGGAGGUUGAGGUGGUGCGUCAUGCGGUCAUGCAACGGCCGAGGCACAAGGGGCUACAAAACAGGCUAAUCAAGGCAGAGGCGCAGCUGGAAGCAUACCUGGAGAGAGAGAAGGAGAGGCUGCAGGUGCUGGCGGGAAUCAAUGUGGAGCUAAACGGGGAGGUUCUGACGCCGUACCUCACAGCCAAAGUCAAGAUACGGAAGAAGCGCACGGUGGUGCACGAGGUAAAUCAUAACGGAAUCAUGUACCGCGGGACAAGAGAAGUCCUGAAGGCGGUGGAGGAACAUUUCGGUGCCGCCUUCUGGGAGGUGGACACGGAGGAGGAAGUGGAUUGGGCGAGUUUCGCGGCUGGGCCACGGCUCUCGGGGCCAGAUGUGAAAGAACUGGAGAAAGGCUAG